CAGCGCCCUACAGUUUCUGAUGGGUCACAGCUUUCUGUGCAACACCGGUCGUACAUUAAAUCAAGCGCACCUACAACUGUCAACAGUGUUGUGCAUGUGGAGCGCGGCCGUAUGGCUGCGUGUUUUAUGGCAAUCAAACCGUGUCGAUAGUCGCUAUAAUCAGCCAAGACUCAACCGUCUGCAGUCAGACGAACAACUGAACUGACUAACAAUGGCUCAUCUAACACAAAACCCCGCUGACAAAGAGAGGUUUAUCUGCGUCUAUCCCAUCUACAUCAACAGUAAGAAGACGCUGGCUGAAGGACGAAGGAUCCCCGCAGAGAAGGCGGUGGAAAAUCCGUCCUGUGCUGAGAUCCGAGACGUGUUGACGGCAGCUGGGAUGAAUGUCUACGUGGAGAACAAAAUGCACCCCAGAGAGUGGAACAGGGACGUCCAGUUCAGAGGACGUGUCCGAGUUCAGGUGAAGCAGGCGGACGGGAGCCUUUGUCAGGACAAAUUCACCUCCCGUAAAGAUGUGAUGUUUUACGUAGCAGAGAUGAUCCCUAAACUAAAGACUCGGACCCAGAAAAGUGGAGGAGGAGACACCAGCACUCAGCAGGGAGAGGGAGGAAAGAAAAGCAAGAAAAAGAAGAAAUAAAGGCAUAGACAUUUUCUUUUUUAAAUACAUUUUUACGUUUGAGUGUCGGGCAGAAUCAAACCCUCAACUUAUACUGAAGUUUUGUGGGUUUCUAUUUUAUUUUUUUUUAAAGAGUUUGUUGUCAUCGAGACCUCAGAAACUCGUUCAUCUGCAGGCUUACAAAAUUAAAAUAUAUCUGUUUCCCCUUUAAGUCCUUAUAUUUUGACUCGACAGAACAUUUCUCUCACCUGAGACCUGUGAAACCUGCUCACAGUUGAUCUUGUAGUUUCCAAAAAUACGGAGAAAGGAACUCAUUUCUGUGUUAUUUCAAAUUUCAAAGUGGAUGGUGUGCAUCUUUUGCUUCUGUUUAAUACCUUAUCCCUCCUUACCCACAUUUUGUAAAAUGGGUUUUUCUUUGAAGACCAGAUGAAUAAAGAGUUCAUUUUCUCAC